CAUACCCUCCUAACCUAAAAAAAUCUAUAUAUAUAUUUUUACUAGUACAUUAUGUUUUUGCAUAAAAUUUGUUGGGCUGUAUAAUUCGUGAUAACAGUGCAAAAAACUUUUUGAGCUAGUAAAUAUUAAGAAUCCUUUAAAUUAUUCUUUUUAAUGGCGACUCUAACUUCAUGGAAGGAAGGCACCACAAGCAAAAAUGAGUCGUCCAACGCCUUGCGCAUUAUGCAAAAAAUGGGUUACAUAUAUGGAUCUGGAUUGGGCAAAAACAAACAGGGAAUUACACAAGCUAUAGACCUGAUCCCUAAUUUGGGUAGACGUGGUUUUGGUCAUGUAAUAAACGACUUAGAUUUUUCGGAGGAGACUUGGGAUUUUAGCGAAGAUGAUGUAGAGGUUCAGGAAAACUUGCUUUGGCUUGAGUCUGAAAAUAAAAGUUUGCAUGAGAACACUUUGAACAGCUGGUUAAAAGAUGGUAAAAGCAAUCACAGUAUUGAUAGUACCUUCUGUAAUGCACAAAUAUUGGCUGAUGUUUUUGAAGCUAAAACCAUAUUUGAUCAGUUAGAUUUACUAGAGCUUUCUAGAGCUAGGGCCAAGUCAAACCCUUUUGAAACUAUUAAAUCAGUGUUUUUUAUGAAUCGAGCAGCAUUAAAAAUGGCUAACAUUGAUGCUGCAACCAAUUUUAUGUUUACCCGCAUUGAGAAAAGUAUUGAUUUUCAGGAUGAAAAAGGACCAAUAUACUUUGCAGAUAUCUGUGCCGGACCAGGAGGUUUUACAGAAUAUGUACUAUGGAGAAAGAAUUGGCUUUAUAAAGGUUUUGGGUUGACAUUAAAAUGUGAUAAUGAUUUUAGAAUAAGGGAGUCAAAUUGCGCCAGUUCUGCCACGUUCCAAGCAUUGUAUGGAAAGAGUGGAGAUGGUGAUGUCUGCAAUCCAGAGAAUAUUACUGACUUUGCAGAAAGAGUUAGGGAAGAGAGUGGUGGGGGUGUACAUUUUAUCAUGGCAGAUGGGGGUUUUUCUGUUGAUGGAAAUGAAGCUAUGCAAGAAAUUUUAUCUAGGAAUAUUUACAUAUGCCAAUGUAUGGUGGCUCUAAAAGUUUUAAAGCCAAAUGGACAUUUUGUAACUAAACUUUUUGAUAUUUUCACCCUCUUUAGCGUCGGACUCUUGUACCUAAUCCAUUUAUGCUUUGAAAAAGUUACCAUUUUGAAACCAAAAUCUUCGAGACCCGCCAAUUCUGAAAGAUACCUUAUAUGCAAAAGAUUUAGAGAGAAUUCAUGCACAAGUUGUGUGCGGGAGUACCUAUGGAAAAUUGUAAAUCGGCUAUGGGAGAUGAGAGAUGAUAAAAAUUACAAUGUUUUGCAGCUAGUACCUCUUAAAGUGCUGCAAAGAGAUUCAAUUUUUUUUAAAUAUAUCAUGACUAGCAACAAUGAAAUUGCGUUGAAUCAAAUAAGAGCACUGAAAAAGUUAGCUUGCUUUUGCCGGAACCCAAGAUUAGUGGAUGAUAGGCAGUCAGAGCUGAGGAGCCAAUGCUUGGAAUACUGGAAAAUUCCAGAUAAUCCUAAAAAGCCUCAACCUAAGUUUACAAUCCGUGAAUUUUUCUCCAAGCAUGACAUUCCUUUCGUUAAAUUUAAUUAA